AUGAAGAGCACUCAAGAGGACGUCCGGAACCGCUCUUGCUGGUACAUGGGGACUACGUACGAUAACCAUCCUCUCUCCUCCAACCACAUGUGGCGCGAGGGACCGAUGGCAACCGUGUUACCAUUCAAGAUCCGCAAAGCGAACUCGACGAUCACGAAGAUCAAUGCCGAGUUAGAGCUUCCACUUCGGGAUGGUAUACCCGUCUCCAACCACGACGCUACGGACGCUGACGACGAGAACGAUAUCGCCGACGACGCUAACAAGACGGACAUAGACGAACCGCUUCGCCCUCUUGCCACGUCUACUCGCCCUACGGCGGCUCGUCGAGACACUGAUAGUUUUCCGUCUGGUCAUCCUAGCCCAACGCUUCCACACUCCUCGGCAAGUUUUACCGCGAUUAACGACACCACCAGACAAUCCGCCUUACAAGACUGGCCCUCCACACUGGAUCGUACUAUCUCGAUCCAGGAUUUCACUGCUGCGCAUAGCCCCGACACGCACAACGACACCCACGACGGGUUCGAGAGGUUCUCGGAUUUCAUCUACUACCCCGAGGACGAAACAACUAUUGAGCCAGUCGUCGGAGAGCAGACCAUCGGACUUACAGACAACGACGAAGCGAGUGAACCGCUCACCGAGUAUUCCACCGACUCUGGCGACCAACAGAAAAAUCAGAUCCGUUUAUCAUCCCGUACUGGCAGCACCACACAAUCUCCCGAUCACUGA